AUGUUCUCCACCAGCCUCUACUACUUGUACCCCUUCAACAUCGAAUACCACAUCUUCGUCUCGGCCAUGCUGUUCGUCAUGUGGAAGAACAUCGGCCGGACGCUGGACCUCCACAGCAACCGCAAGCGUCCCAGCACGAGGAGCCCGUGUCUGCUGCUCGGCCCACUGCUGGGUCUGCUGGCGCUGGCCAGCUCCGUCACGGUCCUGGUGGUCUACCUCAUCCACGUGGAGAAGUCUCCUCAGGCCGCUGUCUCCAUGUUCUACUGCUACGGCGUGGUGAUGCUGAGCUGCAUGUGUGUCGCGAGCGGAGCCGGGCUGCUGGUGUACCGCGUGGAGGACUGGCCCAUGGACAUGGGUUCGAACCCGUCACGCACGCUGGAUACAGAGCUGCUGCUGGGCUCAUCGCUGGGCUCCUGGCUGAUGUCGUGGUGCAGCGUGGUGGCGGUGGCGGCGGCGGGACACAGUUCUCCGAGCUUCCGCUGGACCUGCCUGGCGUACUCGCUGCUG